GAAAAUUAGAAAUGACCAAAAAUUGAAAGUUUUCAUUUCGCAGUGUUCUUCAGAUCAAUAAUAAUAUGUCACGCAAUAGGAAGUUUGGGCGAAUAAAUAUGAGCGUUUGGGAAACAGGAUUUUUACUAGGAUUUACAAGAAUAAUGAAAAACAACUUCGUUCGUGGAGAACAAGAUAUUCCCCGAUUACGAGGAGCCGUAUUUUAUUAAUUCUUUGUGGGCAUUAUUGGAAUUUUAAUUCAAUGGAUGUACCGUGAAUGAGUCUUUAUUAUUGCGGUGUUUGACGAAUGGAAAAUUAAUUUUAAUGCGGGGACGUUCAAGGUACUCUAGUCAUGGAGACGCCAGCUUAAGCCGAAUUACCGAUAUGGAUCAAUGCUUUGUACAUUCGCUGUUUCGCUCGAAGGCGAAAGUUUGUCUGUUGCCGUUUCAAGCCUUGGAUUACCAUCUAAAAGAAGAAGAAGAAAAAAACGUGUUCAAGAUCAAAUUUCUAGCGGUAAACCCAACUACCUUUGUCUGUCGCCAUGACCCAAAUGUCCUCGAGGUGUGAAAUUUCUUAAGUGUCGAAAAAUGGAGCAAACCUUUAGUUCCCAUUGAGUUGGUUCGGUUGAGUUUUGGAAUAAAAAAAGGCGUGUUAACAGCCUUUAACGAAGAAAAUACUUGUUGAUUUAAAUCAAAAGCUGAUGUUAUGCAAGGAUAAUCCUCCAAAAAAUUGCGCCUUUACACCGAAAGAAUCCAUGGGAACAGGGAUUGCGUGAUUCCGACUGAUACGAAACAAAAGGAGCAUUUCCGGCUAUUUUUCUUCGUUAUCAAUAACAUUUUAUCAUCGGGAAUAUUGGAGCCAAUGUGUCUUCCCGACAUGUCGGAAGCGUGUGAUAGAGUGAAGCUUUCAAGAGUCCCUAAAACUGUACGAUUUCGCCAAAAAUAAGCGAUUUAACAAUGAAGAUUAAAAGAGGAAUCCUUUUUAUGGAGAGAGCACACUUGUAACCAACUGCGCACGAGCGAAAUUCGAGGCGCCCUUUCGCAUGACAAAAUCCAAGUGGAAAAUAAUUACGUUAAGAUGUGUGAAUUGUUUGCAACAGCCAGGAAUUAAAAUGUAAAAAAACAGGCCCGGAAUCGCAGAAAGACACAGCCAGGCGUCGGAUUUCAAGAAAAAUACUAUUGUGUAAUGUAAACAUUUCUGGCAAUCUUCAUUGUCGAUACAAGCCAGUGAUUAAUGUCAACUGCGUAUCUACUGACUCACUGUCGAACAAACUUGGCCCACGAGGUGUUUCUGACUAAAUUUAGUCUUAAAUCUUAAAGGUGUGCUGUAUGUACUUCAAGAGAGCUCGGCUUUAAUCACGAUUUCCGCCUCGUCGUAGACUGUUUGGAUCAAUCUGAUAACGGCGGCUUGAGACGAGUUGUUUAAUUACCCGAGUUGAGGGAAAUUUUAGCUGUGACAGCGGAGGCGCCGAUUGCAGCGACUGAUAAAUUUAAGCAUUCCUGUAAAUGCCUAUAACCACAGCCUGCAAUGAAAUAGUCAGUCUUUACUGGCGAGGAGUUCGUUGUUAAGCUUUUAGAGGUGUAUUUGGCGCAAUUGUGUGGACCAAAUUGUAUCUUCACAAGAUUUAAUCAAAUAACAAACAGGCAACUGAAUUGGACGAUGGCGCAUGAAUUUCAUAUUUCAUCGAAUGACUCUGUUCCUGAAGAGAUGCCCGCCGAGAGUUUUUACUCGGACAGUCUUCCAGUUCAUGCAAUUCUACAGUUAGUCAUCUUCACAAUUAUAUUCAUGGUUGGAUUCUUCGGUAAUUCCAUUGUGAUAUACGGAGUUCUUCAACAGGGUUCAUCUAAGACAACAAGCAGUUGUUUUAUUGCGAACUUGGCCCUGAGCGACCUGGCUGUGCUGGUUCUAAGUUUACCCGUCGGUCUGUUGCAAGAACUUGCAUCUUGGCCGUUUGGCGAACUUGCUUGUAAGAUUUUCUUUCCAUUUGGCGAUGUGUUUUUGACCGUUUCCAUCAUGACCUUGACAGCAAUCGCCUUGGAUCGCUACCGAGCAGUUGUUACGCCGUUCAAAGCGCGUUUCACGAAAACACAAGCAAAAAUCUGCAUUUUGUUCAUUUGGAUCUUUAGCUAUCUUGUCGUAGGAAUUCCCACAUCUUUCAUUCUUAAACUUGUCGAAAUAGAAAACGGCGUAAAAGUUUGUUUUCCUUUCUGGAGGAGUAACAUGGAACGGAUAAUUCACAAAGUGCUAACGGCGUGUCUGGCAACAUUUCCACUGUUUCUUAUCGGGUACUGUUAUAUCAGAGUUGUUUUGGCGUUGUGGAAAGUAAGAAUAAUACAUGAUAACCGCAAUACGGCCAAGAACUCCAUCACAGUCAUGCGACUCGAGCAGAAGCGAAAACUCGUUAAAAUGUUAAUCGUUAUUGUGUUUGCCUUUAGCUUGUGUUUACUACCGUAUGUAACAUUUGCACUCGUUUUGGAGUUUACGGGAAUGGAGCGAACUUCCGAUGUGAACGUUGGCUUGGUAACAUGUCUUUCCCUUCUUUAUGCAAAUAGUGCUAUAAAUCCAUUAAUUUUAUGCACAAUGAGUAAAGAUUACAGGGUUGGACUGAGGCCCUGCGGAUGUUGAAGUUCUUCUUUUCCGCCAGUGAUUGAUAACGCUUUAC